AUGAGUGACUACGAAGUAACUCUGGUCAACGACAACAUGCAAGAGUUCUAUGUUAGGUUCAAGGGCCCGGUCGAGACUCCCUUUGAGGGUGGUCUAUGGAAGAUUCACGUCGAGCUACCUGAUCAAUACCCGUACAAGAGUCCUAGUAUCGGCUUCGUCAACAGGAUAUUCCACCCAAACAUCGACGAGCUUUCCGGCUCCGUCUGCCUCGACGUCAUCAACCAGACCUGGUCUCCCAUGUAUGAUAUGAUCAACAUCUUCGAAGUCUUCCUUCCUCAACUCCUUCGAUACCCCAACCCGACUGAUCCUCUAAACGGCGAAGCCGCCGCGCUACUUAUGAGAGAGCCAAAGAGCUACGACGCCAAGGUCAAGGAAUAUGUGCAAAAGUACGCCAAUAAGGACACGGCCGAGGACUCCGACAAAGAUGAUGGCGAUGAUGACGAAAUGAGCUCUGUCGGCAGUUACGAGUCUGGCGAUGAAGACGAGGCAGCAGGGAACAUGGAGGACAUAUGAGGCAGCCUUGUUUGAAGUGCUACCCAUCUCUUUCAUAUUGUCCAUACCCAUCCCCAUGAUCAUAUCACAUUGCCGGACGUUCAGGGCGCUUGGUUGGCGUACACACGGGCUACAUCCCACAUAUUUCCCGGUAUUGGGCUGUUUUGAAGGGUUGGUUACAGAUUUGGAGCUUCGAUUGGCGUUGUUUGCUUUUUUUCGUUUUACAUAUCAGACAAGAGCUGGGUCGAUCUGUGUACCCUUAUGAGAUUGGAGAUGUCGGAAGGCAUUCUUCGGUCGUGUCCAAGAUACUGGUUAGGUUUGGAGAUGUAGGCCUGUCUCUUUUCAUAAACUACACUUUUCUAAA